AUGAGUCCCACCAAGGAGUACAUCAUGCCCAAAGAAAUGGCAUACGCGCGUUGGAGAAACGGCAGCGGCGGAACCCCCCGCAUUGGCUGCCAGUCCACUAUCAAUGUCUCCCAUGACCAGCAGCCGAGGUACGAGUCGUUCGUCCUUGCGAGUGGCGAGAACAAGGUGGAGAUGGAAAUUGAUACUCGAAUCCCAUCUUCUGCAAUCUUUACCUUCAACAAGGAAGAUCACACCCUUGGGAACCUGAUUCGCUCUCGGCUUUUGCAGAGCUCCCAUGUCCUCUUCGCUGCCUACAAGGUUCCUCAUCCUCUUGUUCCGAAGUUUCUGCUCCGUGUUCAGACCGAUGGCGACGUUACUCCCAAGGAAGCCGUCAUUACAGCUUGCCAUGAGCUUGUCCGUGACUUGGGUAUCCUUUCUCGUGAGUUUACCAAGGAGUAUGAGCUCCGCAAAAUGGUGGGGGCAACCAGCCAGCAGCAGAAUGGUGUCCAGGACGGUGUCUAAGGGCCGACCAGGCUACUGGGAAAGGAGCGCCGGGUCUGCGUUCACAGACAUGUUUUCACUUCGGAUCUACGCAGCUGGUCAUGCGGGUCCUUCUCGUUUAAGGUCAUACCCUCUAUUUUAGUCCUGUUCUCAUUGCCUGCUGUGAUUAGUAGACCUAGCCCUCGGAUACCUUGUUUUCCGGCUUCGGGCAUAUUGCGCGCAUUGGGAAUGAUGUCAUUGGUGUUGUAACUGGCCCUUGAAGCGAUUAAACCGUAGGCAGUCUACCUAGGACCUUACUAC